AUGUAUCUCUCGGAUGCUUUUACUGAUGUUGAGUGCCUCUUGCUGGCUGUGAUGGCAUAUGACCGUUAUGUGGCCAUCUGUAACCCGCUGCACUAUACGGUCACCAUGUCCAGGCAGCUUUGUAAGCAGCUGGUGGCUGGGGUGUACGCUGGGGGGUUGGUGAAUUCAAUGAUAAGCACGUUUUUUACAUUUCGGCUGUCAUUCUGCAGCUCCAACAUCAUCAAUCAUUUCUUCUGUGACAUCCCUCCACUGCUGGCGCUCUCGUGUUACGACACCCACAUCAAUGAGAUUGUGAUGUUUGCUUUCACGAGCUGCAUUAUAGUGAGCAGCCUUGUAAGUGUCCUCCUCUCCUAUGUCUAUAUCACCUCCACCAUCCUGGAGAUCAGCUCCACCGAGGGCCGGCGCAAAGCCUUCUCCACCUGCUCUUUCCACUUGACUGCUGUGGUCCUUCUUUUUGGCACCCUCCUCUUCAUGUAUUUACGUCCCACCUCCAGCUAUUCCAUGGACACAGAUAAAGUGGCCUCAUUAUUUUACACGCUGGUGAUCCCCAUGUUGAACCCCCUCAUCUACAGCCUGAGGAACACGGAGGUGAAGGACGCCCUGAGGAGAGCAAUGAAUAAACUCCUAACCAAUUUUUGA